UGGUCGUUGCGUGAACACACCAGGUAUUACGGUAACAGCUCGCUUUGCGUUUACAGCGGAAGGAGGCUUGCGUGGCUGCGGGAGAUCCCAUCGGUUGUAGACCGGGUGGAACAUGGACUGUAUUCCAGUAACCAUCGAUGAUCUUGAAAGCAAAAAGGACUCAAUCAUUGAAGAACGAGACCGAAAUGUUUACACCAGGUUCAUGAAGUCCCACCGUUGUUAUGACCUCGUACCCACUAGUUCCAAAUUAGUGGUGUUUGAUACUUCACUCCAGGUGAAGAAGGCGUUCUUUGCUCUUGUUUCAAAUGGGGUGAGAGCGGCCCCUCUUUGGGACAGCAAGAAGCAGUGCUUCGUGGGUAUGCUAACGAUCACAGACUUUAUCAACAUCCUUCAUCGCUAUUACAAGUCUCCCUUGGUUCAGAUAUAUGAGUUGGAAGAGCACAAAAUCGAAACAUGGAGGGAGCUGUACCUUCAAGACUCUUUCAAGCCUUUGGUUUGCAUAUCACCCAGUGCAAGUUUGUAUGAUGCAGUGUCCUCUCUGCUGAAGAACAAGAUCCACAGAUUGCCUGUAAUCGACCCGCUGACAGGAAACACACUGUAUAUCCUCACACACAAGAGGAUUCUUAAGUUCCUGAAGCUUUUUAUAGCAGAGAUGCCAAGACCAUCAUUCUUGAGUCAAACCUUAGAGGAGCUGAACAUCGGGACAUUCAGAAACAUAGCGGUGGUCCGUGCCGACACGCCUCUGUACACGGCGCUGGGUAUUUUUGUGGAGCAGCGAGUGUCUGCGCUGCCCGUUGUGGAUGACAAAGGUCGAGUGGUGGACAUAUACUCGAAAUUUGAUGUUAUAAACCUGGCUGCAGAGAAGACGUACAACAACCUGGAUGUGACUGUGACCAAAGCGUUGCGGCACCGCUCGCAGUGCUUUGAGGGAGUUCUGACCUGCAACAGGCACGAGACCCUUGAGGCCAUCAUCAACAGGCUGGUGGAGGCUGAGGUUCACAGACUAGUGGUGGUAGAUGAGCACGAAGUGGUGAAGGGCAUCGUCUCCCUUUCCGAUAUCCUCCAGGCGCUAGUGCUGACUGACGGGGAAGAGGGCACAACUUCAGGGAGUAAUUAGCAACAAUUGCUGCUGUUUUAAGAGGAGACCAGAGCAAAGGGAAAGCACAAGCAUGUGGGGAGAGGAAUAUGAGCUUGCAUUGCCUUUCUCCUGUAACACCCACAGAGAAAGACUUCUCCAUCUCUGGAACAAUGUGAAGUUUUAGCAAUACAGCAAUUUGUUAUUGAAGUUGCACAGGACGUGUUGAACCGCCUUUAAAUUGAGCCAAAGUCACUAUUAGUUGGGCAGAGAUUUGAAAGCAGCAGGAACCUGAGGCGUACAGCACAAUUACCUUCUCUGCCCCUUUAUGAAGAAAAGCAUUUUUUUUUUAAACAUUCCCCCUGUCUUAACCAGCAUUUCAAUUUAUUUUGUGGCUGAAAUCAACAAAGGCACUAUACCCCAAGAGUUCAACUGGAUGGUGUAACUUUAGCUGAUCGGCAUCAGCGUGUAAACCCCUCUGACUUUGUCUUAAAGGCUUGAUAGCUGUCAGAUGUUCCUCUUACUGAUUGUUAAUUUAAAUGCAGGCGCAGUGUUGCUGUGUAUCAAUGUAAACAAUAUUUCAGUGUGCAAAGAAAUCAGUUAGUGACUUAAAUAUUGAGUGAUUCUUUACAUAAAUUUGCUAAUGUCUCAAGAAAAAGGAAAAACUUGCAGCAAUAUCAGAACGUCAAGUUAGGAAUGUUUGAAAAAAUUUUUUCAAACGAAAGAUUAAAAUGUGUGGUAAAAGUCUGGAUUUAUUCAUUAAGUCUUAUUUUUUUUUGUUGUUUUAGGUUUUUGCACAAGCGAGUUGGGAGUCAAAUCUCUCAGUAGCAACCUGUGAGAAUAUUUCAGUUUCCAAGAAAACAGAAAUGAUGAAUACUCUGAUCAAGAAUCACCAUUAAUUCUUCUGGAGUUUUUUUUUAUCUAAAUGUCCAAGUAUCAAUACAUAUAUAAUUAUUUUUCUCUUUUAUUUAGACUUUUAUGGUGUUAUGCCAUGUAUAACUACAUAUGUAAUAGAUAGUUUAUUGUACUUUUUUUUUUUUUUUGCAUUUAUCCUACCUUGGUUGAUGACUUUAUUGCAAAAAUGAUUUGGCCAUUUCAUCAGUGAUGGAAAGUCGAUAUUUUAGGAAACAGUUUUGCUAUUUUAAGGUCAAUUUAGAAAUGUUCCCUGUUUUGAUCCAUUAAGAGGACAUAAUCACUAAAAACCAGCAUUGUCAUUCCAUUGUCUAAGAUGGGUGUGUGAGGAACAUUAAAUGUCCUGGUUUGUGUCUGAUGAAACGUGUAAAAAUGCAUGUACAUGCAUAGUUUUUGUACUAAUCUGAGAUUCGUUAUUUAAAAAAUGUCAAUUAAAAGUUCUGUAAGUUUG